CAAGCUAAACGACGACAUCUUCCCCUUUGUGCAUAAAUACAACAGCCAAUCGCGCAUUUUGAUUCCAAAACAUUCUUCUAAUCUCAUGAGCAACUAAAUAUCAGAACCUCAUAACAUCUUUUCUCUCAAUCACCAUCAUGGCGCGAAAUAGCGAGAAGGCACAGUCGAUGCUCUUCCGCUUUCGAGCGGCGCAGGCAGCAGACCUCGGUAUCCUCGAUAUUGCACGUACACGUCGACCAAAGGCAAUCACACAGAUAGACUCCAUACCGACCGCAGAAAAAUGGCGAGGUCAAGUGUUGAAGGAAAUCUCGCGAAAGGUUUCCAGGAUUCAGGAUCCCAGUCUCAGUGACUAUCAAAUCCGGGAUCUCAACGAUGAGAUCAACAAACUUAUGAGGGAGAAACACAUGUGGGAGUCGCAAAUUCGGAACUUAGGCGGACCAAACUACAUGCGUGGCGGCGGAAGAGUUUAUGACGAUGAGGGCAGGGAAAUACCGGGUGGUGGGAAAGGUUACAGAUACUUUGGGCGAGCACGUGAACUGCCUGGUGUCAAAGAGAUGUUCGAAGCUGCGGCGAGAAGAAAUCGACCAGAGGAGGAUGAAACCGAGAGCGGGAAAAAAGCUGCUGAUAUGCUUCGCAAACACGUUGAUGCUGCUUACUUCGGCUAUGGAAGGGACGAGGAAGAGGCUGCUCUGGUUGCUUACGAGCAGAAACGUGAGAAGGAAGCGAUUGAAAAUAUGAUCAAGAAUGGAGAGGAUGAUGCGGACGAUGGCUGGGAACCGCUGCCUGGUGAUGCAGGCGAUGGUGUUGAAUGGAGGCUUCCCACACUUCAAGAAGUUCAAGAAGAACUUGUUGAUAGGAGGCGCCGAAGGCUUCUGGACAAGAUCUCAUAGUCAAAUGUUCUCGAUGGGACUUCCGUGUUAAUGAAUACGAGAUAUGCUAUUUGU